AUGGAGAGGCGUCUACUUGAAACGGAAAACAUGCUCUGCGCUCUAAUGUCACAGGCCUCAAAUGAUCAAAUCGAGUCUGCCUUCCUUGAAUUGAAACAUAUCAGGCAGAACUGUGACGGUCACGCAGAAACAUUCGAAUCUACUAGAGGAAAUAAGUUUGGGCCCGCUUACUGGGAAAAGUUCCCUUUAAACUCUGUUCAGAGCGCGAAAAGCUGGUGGACCGAUCGGUCAUUGGCCGUUAUUGAUGGUGCUUCAUCCUCUAUGCCAGAGCCUACCGAUUGUAUGUUGGAUGAUCAAGAAUCUCCUCACAGUGGCAAUGAGUAUGGCGAGGAAGUAGUCUUUGAGACAUCUGAAACCUUGGCCAGUAAAUCUCAGGCUUCUAUGGCUACCAAUAUGUCGACCAAUCUGGUUGAAUCCCACAUUCCAGAUUUUGAGCAAGGAAGGUCUGAUCAAGAGAUUGACGAGGCUCUAGAAGGCAGCGAUGUAACAUCGAUGAGAUCAACCAGAAGAGCCAUACUUACGCCUCAUAACAAGGAAGAAUCCCAAAGGAUACCGACAAACCCUUCUCCUGCACAGGGCUUGGAAGAUUUUGAAGAGGCAUUUAUUUGGUAA